GAGAGGAUCUGUCGCUGAGCACACCAGUUGGCUUUGCUUGGACGCCAGAGCCAGUGACGGAUAUUGAUUCAUCGAUUCAAUGGACGUUCCCAUCCUGCCUCCUACAUCCCUUCUUUGUUCCCCCCAAAACCCUAUAUACAUAUAAUCGACUUCCCCGUCGCCGACAGGUGUCAAACGGAGAUACACGUUUAAGCAUCCGUGAGAGCAACGCAAGCGACCUCCGGCCACGCCACGUUAGUUCAAACCUGAACCUUGGAUCCCAACCAUCCUUCAUCUUUCAUCUCAUUCCAUCACCAUCUCCCAUAACCUCAACACCAUCGCCGUCAACUAUCUCAUCACGGCGGGCUUGGCCGCCAUCACACGUCACGCUCCGCGUCUCACCCUCAGUCGCUCAAGUAAGCAGAUGGAAUCUUGAAAGGACACCAUCUCCCUACGCUUGCCACGCCGUGACAUUCGUCAAGAUGUCGAAUCACGCCGCCUACAACGAUGCGCCUUCGCAUUCGCCAACCCAGUCUUACUCUCCCACGAGCCGACACCACUCUGCGUACACGAACGCGUUACCUCCAAUAACCUCAAUAGGCGGUGGCUCGCGCUAUUACGACCCAACAACAGAUACCGGUGAAAGACCUGUAAGACCAACUUCGCGACAUGAGCCUCACUAUCAACCGCAGGCCCAGGAACCCUACAACUACGCCGAAUCGCGACCACAAUACGACAAUCGAUACCAAUCUCCCGUUGCCACAAGUCAUCCACAUCCAUCAGCACUCCCUCAUCCAAUCCAUACUCCAUCAUCAACUCGCGUCGAUGCUGUUGCGCAUUCCCCCAUCUCGCCCAAGGUUUAUCAAGCUGUAAAUAAUACUGCAGGCCAGCCCUCUGCAGCCAGUCAUAGCCGGCAAGCGUCUCAAGAGAUGGCUUCUUCAAGUCGCAAAGCAGAUCCAAUGUCUCUCUCGAGUAUUAUGUCCGGUACAGAUACGGAACCUGCAGCUCAGUCUCUACAGCGAAAGCCUUCAAAGACAUCCAUUCCCACAGCUCCAACAGAAUAUGCCGAUGUCGCCGCUACCUCGCCUAAAGUUGAGCGGCCCGUUAGUAGAAGUACGGCGGUCCUUCCCCGAAGCCCCGAAAAACCUGUGGCCAACGGCGUAUCCUACUCGGUGGUACAACGUCCGCCUGUCCAUGUCCCUCAACCUGACGAGAGAGACGUCGAACUGGAACUUAUGAGGAUAGACUCAAAAGAUCUUAGUGACGUUGAAGGCCCUGGAUGGGAAGCUGAAAAAGAGGAGUACAAACAAAGAGGACUAAAGCGUGCCUUGGCCAUAGAACUACAAGAAUCAGGCAAGCGCAAGCGCCGUCGAGCAGCCGGCGUCAAACGAUAUAUCGACGUCUUCGAAGCACAUGCAGCCACCUCCAGGAUAAAGUUCAACAACGAUUUCGGCGAGGACGCUUGGGCUGAGGUCCGCGAGCAAGAGGUAGCCGAAGAGAAGGAAAGAAAGAAGGACAUGCAAAGGAAGCGACGACGCGAGAAGACGUUAGCUAAUGAGACCCAGAAACGAGAUGAAGCUUUUGCUCGAGCACAGCAGGCCGAAAAUGAUGCCGAGAGAACCAAAUACCUCAAAGAAGUCGAGAAGGCCGAAAAGAAGGCCAAAGCAACUACUCAUCUUCUUCAAGGUGGCACUCCUAGCAAAGAGUUCCGUGAAAUGACGCCUCAUGGACCUAAUCUAGAGGGUGGCACUAUGGGCUCGUUCCAAAUGUCAGAUGAUCCAUCGAGCGUAUCAAAGCGAGGUGGGAGGAAGGGUACCGGUUCUCGACUACGAAAGAGCAAGGAACAGAAGCAAGCCGAGAAAGAUGCAGCAGCUGCCGCACAAGCUGCCAUUGAGCGAGGUGACGAUCUUCCUGUCAUCGCUCCUCGCGAAGAAGCUCGCUUGGAAGCCUUGAAGAAUGAGCGAAGUCAAACAGAAGAAUCAUCCACGCCAGUCGGUCCAAUCAGCGGGUACGACUCCAAGGUCUACAAUCAGCUGUACGAAUCGAUAUGGAAAGACAUCUCUAAGAAAGAUGUUGCUAAGGUCUACCGCAUCAAAGAUAACUCCCUUCAAACGAAACAAUCGAACCUUCGUAAGACGGCUCAACUGGCCUCCAAGGAAGCCCGGAGAUGGCAAAUGCGUACGAAUAAGAGCAUGAAAGAUGUUCAGGCUCGGGCCAAGAGAAGCAUGAGAGAGAUGCUCACCUUCUGGAAGCGCAACGAGCGGGACGAGCGCGAUCAGAGAAAGUUGGCCGAGAGAGCUGAGAUCGAAAAUGCGAAGAAAGCCGAAGCUGAGCGGGAGGCCAAUCGACAGAAGCGCAAGCUCAACUUUCUCAUCUCCCAGACAGAACUUUACUCGCAUUUCAUCGGCAAAAAAGUCAAGACAGACGAGGUCGAGCGUUCGACUGAUGAUGCCGCUGUGUCGAAACAAACGAUCGAAGACAAGAAGGAUGCCCAUACAAUCGACUUGCCUGACAGUGUUGCUGACCCAAAUGCAAAAGUCACCAACUUCGAGGAUCUCGACUUCGACGCUGAAGACGAGACCGCGCUCCGACAGGCCGCUAUGGCUAAUGCUCAAAAUGCAGUCAAGGAGGCGAAAGACCGUGCUCGUGCAUUCAACAACGAAGGGCAGCAGGAGGCCAACUUUGACGAUGAAGGCGAAAUGAACUUCCAGAACCCGACUAGCCUGGGCGACGUGGACAUAGCUCAGCCGAAACUUCUCAACUGUCAGCUCAAAGAGUACCAAUUGAAAGGGCUUAACUGGCUUGUCAACUUGUACGAGCAAGGUAUCAACGGUAUUCUUGCAGAUGAGAUGGGUCUUGGUAAGACGGUCCAAUCGAUAUCAGUUAUGGCGUAUCUCGCCGAAGUCCAUAACAUCUGGGGACCUUUCCUCGUCAUCGCGCCGGCUUCCACACUGCACAACUGGCAACAAGAAAUCACGCGGUUUGUGCCCGACGUCAAAGUGCUUCCCUAUUGGGGUAAUGCAAAAGACCGGAAGAUUCUGCGCAAGUUCUGGGACCGCAAGCAUAUCACCUACACGAAAGACUCACCAUUUCACGUACUGGUCACAUCAUAUCAACUUGUCGUACAGGAUGCACAAUAUUUCCAGAAGAUCCGAUGGCAAUACAUGAUUCUGGACGAGGCACAGGCCAUCAAGUCAUCGCAGAGCUCUAGAUGGAAAAGCUUACUAGGCUUCCAUUGCCGUAAUCGCCUACUUUUAACUGGUACUCCAAUCCAGAACAACAUGCAGGAGCUGUGGGCCUUACUCCAUUUUAUCAUGCCGAGUCUGUUCGAUUCACACGACGAGUUCAGCGAUUGGUUUUCAAAGGAUAUUGAGAGUCAUGCCCAGAGCAACACGAAGCUCAACGAGGAUCAGUUGAGACGCCUACAUAUGAUCUUGAAGCCUUUUAUGUUGCGUCGCAUCAAGAAACAUGUACAGAAAGAGCUUGGAGACAAAAUCGAACUAGACGUCUUCUGCGAUCUCACUCAUCGACAACGCGCCUACUACACAAACCUGCGGAACAAGAUCAGCAUCAUGGAUCUUAUUGAAAAGGCCGUCGGCGAUGAGCAGGACAGUGCUACGCUCAUGAACUUGGUCAUGCAAUUUCGCAAGGUCUGCAAUCAUCCCGAUUUGUUUGAACGAGCGGAAACAACCUCGCCGUUUUCAUUCUCGUUCUUUGCCGAAACUGCAUCUUUCAUGCGCGAAGGACAUAAUGUCAAUGUAGCGUAUUCUGUUCGAAACCUCAUCGAGUACCGUGUUCCACGCCUUGUUGGUCGGGAUGGCGGGCGGAUACAUCUACCAGGACCGGACAACAAUAAAGCCGGGUGGAGAAACCGCUACCUGCACCACCUGAUGAACGUUUGGACACCUGACCAUAUAGUCCAGAGCUCGGGGGACAACGCUGCAUUCUCUUGGUUGCAAUUUGUCGAUGCAUCGGCUAGCGAAGUCGCUCAGAUUGCUCGCAGUGAUGUCUUCAGUCGAGCUGUCUCAGCUCGCAAUAAGAACAGACAGCUUGGUCGACUAGCUGUGGUUUAUGAUGAAGGAGAAGACGCAGGCUUCACACCCCGACAUGCAUUGCUAAACAUCGUCGAGAGAGCUGAUCGUAGGCCUCUUGCUGAGAUCACUCCCGAAGGACGAAUGGAUAACUUGUUAAACGUCUACCGAUCUGCAUUUGAUGACACUGGUCUGAGCACAAUCGAGUUGAACUCCAGGCCAGCCGCCUGCGCACCACCGGUCGAGCUUUACUGCGCGAGCCAGGGUACCAUCGUAGAGAACCAGAGAGAUUUUUUCAACAUCAAUGUCCGGCAAAAUCUCUUCGGCAUAUCAGAGAAAACCGAGGAACUCUUAUUAGAGGCUAAGAAGACUACUGCUCUUAUGGCACCAAAUGAGAUGUUACCGGCGCCCACGUCAAACAAGUCCGGCUAUACCCACAUCGAAGUUCCGUCGAUGCGACGCUUCGUGUCAGAUUCUGGAAAACUUGCUAAGCUGGACCAAUUGCUCAAGGAACUAAAAGCUGGUGAUCACCGUGUGCUUCUGUAUUUCCAAAUGACGCGUAUGAUUGAUUUGAUGGAAGAAUACUUGACCUACCGCGGCUACAAGUAUUGCCGGCUCGAUGGAUCCACGAAGCUGGAGGACCGUCGAGAUACCGUGUCAGAUUUCCAAAGUCGGCCGGAAAUAUUUGUGUUCCUCCUCUCUACUCGUGCCGGAGGUCUUGGUAUCAAUCUAACAUCCGCCGAUACCGUUAUUUUCUACGACUCCGACUGGAAUCCUACUAUCGAUAGCCAGGCUAUGGAUCGCGCUCAUCGUCUCGGACAAACGAGGCAAGUCACUGUUUACAGGCUCAUUACAAAGGGCACUAUCGAGGAGCGUAUACGCAAACGCGCACUCCAGAAAGAAGAGGUUCAACGCGUCGUCAUAUCAGGUGGUGCUGGCGCUGGCGUCGACUUCAACACCAGGUCUCGUGAGAACCGAACGAAAGACAUGGCCAUGUGGCUUGCAGAUGAUGACCAGGCGGCUGAGAUUGAGAAGCGCGAGGCCGAACUUGCGGCUGCUGAAGCGGCUGCGCCUCCGGGUAAGCGAAAGAAGAUGGCCAAGCGGAAGGCAGAUGUUAGUCUAGACGAGAUGUACCACGAAGGUGAGGGUCACUUCGAUGAUGGCAGUAAUAAGCCUUCUGGCGCUGCGACACCUGUGCCCGCAGUGGAAGCACCAGGCAAAGGACGAAGAAAGGGUGGAAUGUCGAAAAAGGCGAAGACAAUCAAACAGCGUCUUGCCAUCAUAGAUGGUUCGGGAGAGGCGGUUUAGGCAAUUGGAAGUUCUUGUAUAACUAUACACGGCAACGUAAAGUGUGUAUUGCGGGCAUGGAUUUGGCUGCAUUGGGACGGUGCUUGGGUUUAUUUUACGGUUUCGUCUGAGUCAUCGCGAACAAGAAGUUGUGCGAUCAGGAACGCCUAGGCUUCUAGAGACUACAUCACGUUCCAAAGGAUUUAUAUUUUCAGGCCGCGCUGACAGGGAGCGCGAACAUUGAUUUGUAUAUUAUUUCGCAAGCUUCUUCCCAUGUUUGUUGUCUUACAUAGUGCGGUUUCCACAAUCAAAAGUAAAUAGAAUUCUCUAUGGCGUAUCUAGAUCGCGUUACAUUGAUCUCUUCACCUUAUAUCAGACAUGAAACCACUAUUACCUGCAAACGAUUCUUAUGCUAUAAUGCCGAGCCGCAGGUUUACGCCAAGCAUGAGGGCGGUGAGCUAGGCGGCUGCAGGCAUCACAGCUUACUGCCGGUACUAGAGAAUACCGAA